AUGUCAGAAAUUUCGGAAAACUCAAGUUCUAUUAAUAAUGAUAAUAUAGAUAGGGAUGUGACAACUACUAUCCAGGAUGAAGCGCCCAGCAAUACUAACUUUACGCUUUUAUAUGAAAAACUUUGUGAUGCUAUAAUUCUUGCUGAUCGUAAAACCCAAGAAGCUAUCGUGUGUUAUUGCCUAUUUGGAAAGGUACUCAUUCAAAGACGUAAUGAAAUAGCAUCGGAAAGGCAAGUUGAUCCAGAAUCCAAUACUGUUAGUAGAAUUUUAAAUAAAGAAGUAAAAGCACAGUUACCCGCAGACACUUCUGAUAGCCUUUUACGUAAGAGAAUCGAAAAAGCAAAGAAGCUUUAUAAACUUUUUGAUGCAAUAGAUAAUGUAUCCUUUGAUUAUAGCAUUGAUGUGAGCUUGCCUCUGGCUGAGUUACGGGAUGAUGAGAAAAGUUCUGUAACCCAACUUUGUGAACCGAGUUCACGAAGUGAUCGGCAAAAUUCUUUAAUUUCAAAGGAUAAACCAGAAACCGUAAAUGAGGAUAAUAAUAUAAGCGAGAAAGUCGAAUCUUUACUGGAGGAAGAG